AUGAUUCCACCCCAUCACCACCACCACAACCACCUCCCCCCCUCGACCGCCAACAAAACCGCCCAUCUCGCCGAAUUACGGGCCCGCGUCCCCGACCUCCAGAACGAAAUCAACGUCUUCCUGACCGCGCGCAUGGAGGACGAUAAGAAAGCCGCGGGGCAGACGGACGAGAAGGAGAGUCGCGAGGAGGAGAAUUACGGGGAGGAGGUGGUUGAGGAGGAUGCUUGA